GGCAGCGCGGGGUGCGCUACGUAGGUGUUGGCUCCGCCUCGACUAAGGUUGAUGUUUGCGAGGUGACUAGCUGGUUCCAUCGGAGAACAGUAAGACAUUCUGAAGAGAAGCAAAGGACGCAGGCUGAGCGCUCCCAAGAGGGGAGGAUGUUGGUGGUGGAGGUGGCGAAUGGCCGCUCGCUGGUGUGGGGGGCCGAGGCGGUGCAGGCGCUGCGGGAGCGCCUGGGCGUGGGGGGCCGCACGGUGGGCGCCCUACCCCGCGGGCCUCGCCAGAACUCGCGCCUGGGCCUCCCGCUGCUGCUCAUGCCCGAAGAGGCGCGGCUCCUGGCCGAGAUCGGCGCUGUGACCCUCGUCAGCGCUCCGCGUCCUGAUCCUCGCCACCACGGCCUCGCUCUGGCAUCGUUCAAACGCCAGCAAGAGCAGAGCUUCCAGGAGCAAAGCACGUUGGCAGCCGAGGCCCGGGAGACCCGGCGUCAGGAGCUCCUGGAGAAGAUUGCAGAGGGCCAGGCUGCCAAGAAGCAGAAGCUGGAACAAGAUUCAGGGACCGGCGGGAGCCAGGAGGCCGGUGGGAGCCAAGCUGCAGAAGGGAAUGAGACCAGCGAGGACGCCCAGGCUUCUGGGGAGCAGGGGGAGAAGGAGGGAGUAGUCCUCUCCUCUCCCCAACCAGGGCCUUCGAAUGGGGUGGCCCCGCUGCCCAGAUCCGCCCUGCUCAUCCAGCUGGCCACCGCCAGGCCUCGACCUGUGAAGGCUAGACCCCUGAACUGGCGUGUCCAGUCCAAAGACUGGCCCCAUGCUGGCCGUCCUGCUCAUGAGCUUCGGUAUAGCAUCUACAGGGACCUGUGGGAGCGAGGCUUCUUCCUUAGUGCAGCUGGCAAGUUUGGCGGAGACUUUCUGGUCUAUCCUGGUGACCCACUCCGUUUCCAUGCCCACUACAUUGCUCAGUGCUGGGCUCCUGAAGACCCCAUUCCACUCCAGGACCUGGUCUCUGCUGGCCGUCUCGGAACCAGUGUCAGAAAGACACUGCUGCUUUGCUCACCUCAGCCUGAUGGUAAGGUGGUCUACACUUCCCUGCAGUGGGCCAGUCUACAGUGAGCAGCAGAGGUCCAGGGGAUGUGGUUGAGCCAUGGCAAGAUCCUUCCUGGAUGUUCCUAAGCUCAGCUCCACAUGGAGACUCGUACCUUCCUGCCUCUCUAUGGUUAGUUCUGAUCCCAGGGUUUUGAACACUACAGCCUUUUUAGGUUCUCUUUCAAGGCACUUACCAACUGUGUUGUUUUAGUAGUUAUCUCUUUCUAAACUGUGAGCUUCUUCAGAGUGGGGUCUGUGUUUGAUCCAUCUCUGUUUUUUACAGGGCUAUGUCCUAGCAGGUCUUAAUAAAUUUGUUGAAUAAAUGUCAUGUUUGUGAGUUGAGUCCUUACAACAAUCUUGAAAGCCUUUGAGCUUUCAUUUGCAUAUUUAGAUGAGGAAGAGGAAGGGAAAGGACUUGCCCGAGGUCACCCAACCAGUUAAGUAGCUGGCCUGGUGGUCCUUUUGCCAUCCCUCUCCCAGCCCUCACAUCCUUGUACUGGGGUUUGAACUCAGAGCCUAGCACUUGCUAGGCAGAUCCUUUGCCACUUAAGCUGCGCCCCCAGCUACUUUCUGACUCUUAAGUCUGCCUCUUGUCACCACACUAAAC